AUCAGUGGACGUAAUAAUAAAGCACACGGUCAUUGAGUGUACAAUCGACUUUCAACAUUUGUCACUGUUUGCAACUAUGCGAUUGAGCUAUUCAUGCAGUUUAUCCACCAUUCGCCUUGUUUUUUGAAUUUUGGCAAAACAAUUCUCCACGAUAAAUUCACUCCUAGAAAUUUAAAAUAUUUGCCAAGAUUUAUUGAUAAUUUUCCCCCAACGUGAUGUUCCAUAUAAAUCCUAGAAGUUUUUCAAUAUCUCGAGAAAUAGGAAACAAGAGAAUUUUGAUUUCUAUGGUGGUGGUUACAGCAGCUGCCAUUUGUGUUCAACUAUUUUCGGUGCCAAGUGAGGAUGAGGCAGAGCACGAGAUUCAGGAUAUCUGUGAAUCGGCUCCUUUCACGAAGGGCAUCACGGAAUGCAUUUAUAACCAAAAUCGUCAAGAUAAUCUGUGCCCUCUGAAGGUCCUUGGCUGGAUUUUACCAAAUGAAAAAUUGGACAAAGAUAAAGUGAUGAAUGACGUCAAUCAGCUUCUAAAAAAUCCUGAGUACGCGGAGUUAAUAAGGAAGCUAUUUUCUACAUGUGUUGAUAAAGCAAAUGCAAAAGGUACAUCAGAAUCUGCUGUUGCUGAUUUGUUCGUGAAUUGUUGGGUCGAAGCAGGUGGCAGUAAAUUAUCAAAACAAGCUUUUUGCCAUAAAUGAGACAUAGGAUUCACCAGGCAUUACUGUCCAAUCGAUCGAUUCAAUGGAAUCAAAGUUAUACUGCGCAAAAUAUUUAUAUUUAUAAAAAUAUUUGUUUCUUCCUCAUGAAUAAUAAAACUCAUUUCCAAACAGUG